GGAUUAGCAAGCGCGCACACUCAUUUAGGGUUAGGAUGCAUAGAACGCUGAACGCAACAAGCAGCAUAGUGAGUGCAUUAGUUUUCAACUCUAAAAAUGAGUAGCCGAUCUAAAAAAAUUGUAGAAUUGGCCCUUCAGAUGGAGGAGCAUACAGAUGAUGAAAGCGAUUCGGAUCCUUUCAGUGCAGUUGAUUCCGAUUUGGAUCCUAUGUUUCUGCCAUCUAGUAAUGACGAACUAUCUGAUAGCUCUGACAUAUCUCUUACGGAAAUAAUAGGACAGAAAAAGAAAUUUACAAAAACGACAGGGAAAGACCAGAACAAGUAUACAAUUUUGAGAAUCAACCGUGCUGUUCAAAAUCACUUCCAGUGGCCGAAUUUCAAGAAGCUGGGGUACAAAAUGAAGACGGGACACAGAAUCUCAAUGUUUCAUCGACUGAAACUGGAGACAAUCUUGAAAACGUGUUAGAUGAGGAAGAAGCUGCUGACCAGAAUGAACACACUUGGAGAGAGCCUG